UAAAGCUGUCAACCCAAGAUCUAUAACUGAUUAUGAGCUACAACAAACUUGAAAUGCACUGCAAGAUGACUUAAAUGGAAUAAACAAGAAUAAAGCGGAAACAGUUGCUUUGAAAUUAUGACAAACGAAGAAACAAAGUUCGUUGGUAUGAUGAAAACUCGCCCUUAUAAUGUCAAUAACGAUGCAUCUGUGGACUUUUUGGAAGAUGCUAAAAAAUGCGAAAAAUAUUCCAAACCUCUCUGCUUUUCUCAGGGUCGUCAUCUAAGUAAAGAAAAGAAAAUACUUUCAGAAAUGUCUGUUGGAAUAUGCAUGCACCUUGUCAACUACCAAAUAACCAUGUUUCCUCGAUACAAAUACCAUCUGGAACUGAUUGAAAAGCAUAAAAAAGAAUAUGAUAUCUGCAUACCACCUCCAAGUACCAUUUUGGUUUAUGGAAGAGAAGCAGAGGUCAGCAGAAAUCUUCUUCAACCAUUGGAAUUACACCCAACAACUUUUAAAGACCAAGACUGGGAAGAUGUGAUUUUGGUAGUCUUUAACAAUUCCAUUGAUGGCGACUGGAAGACUUUAGGUUUGGAUAAGGACAAAAUAAUCAAAUGCCGUUGGUGCUUAAUUGUUUCAUCGGACAUCAAAUUGGAGAAACUUCGAGAUGACCUAGCUGCUGAUAAUAUUACCAAGUUCUCUGUUGUUCUACCCAAUCCGGAUGAUUUGUGGAAUCAUCUAACAUCUGCCCUAGAGCUACCUUUAAUUGAGAUUUUAAGAAUAGAAAAGAGUACACUGAAGUCGUCAGAUAGUAUCUUUGAAGAUGUUGAGACUAUCCUACGACGCAUUGAAAAAUGCUCCAACUUUCCAGAAAUUAAGAAUGAAAACAAAUCACACGAUAUUCCACAGAGCAUUAAAGAUUAUUUAAAAAGAUUUGAAGGGGAGAUUGUCCGAUAUGGUUUCCAUUUUGACAAUUUUCGUGUUGUUGUAAAAAAUGAAAAAUACCAGGACGUGAAAAAAGCUUUAUUGGAAACAGGAUCGGGUAACUUUUGUAAAAUAGAUGUAGUUCGUCAAGAGGAUUUCAAAGAAGCUGUCGUGCCCUUCAAUGGCAACCUUCGAGCUCAAGGAAUGAAGCUUUUCCAGUUUGCUACAGCGCAGCAGGACGAAGGCUCACAAACGUCCGAAAAUGGACAUGGGACUCUGGGUUCUCUUGCUCUUCUAAACAAUAAGAAAACCAUUGCAUUGUCGUGUGAACACGUUUGCAUCAGAGAUAAAAUUGUUUUCAUCGAAAAUGAACAAAAAAAGCGAAUUCCUUUGGGGAAAUGUCUUUAUACCUCAGGGGAAGCUCUAAAAAUUCAAAGCGACCUGGCAAUUGUUGACGUUAACACUGAAGUUGAGAACCACUUUCCCAAGAAGAAACUGUUAAAUCACAUGGGGGAACCAACGACUGCUGCUGUUCUUUGUGUUAGAGAUAAAUUAGACAUCAGAGGGGAAAUUGUACAUAAAUUAGGUGCAACUACAAAAUGGACACAGGGGAAAAUCGUGAGCUCCGAGAUAGUUGAAAAUAUCCAAGGUGUCAUCACAGUAAAAGGAAUGAAUGGGAAAGAGUUCGGGAAACCAGGAGAUUCUGGAUCGAUAGUGUUUAGAGAGAGUCAAAAUGCAAGAGAGCGAAAACUUGAAGUUGUUGCUGUGUUAUCUGCUGGUAAACUUGAAUACAAAGAUCAAACGACCGGUGAUGAAGAACAAAAGUCGCCACAGAAACUGGAUCUUUGUUCGGUGUUACAGGAUGCUCUUGAGCAAAUAAGGAAAAACAACGAUUCUAUAGAAUCUGUUGAAUUUUUCAACGAAAAAGCGACCGUAUAAAGAGAAAUUUAAUCUUUUCUCUCAAUAAAAUACCGAAUUUUGAUGAAUAUCUAAACAAAAAAUGCUUUUUAUUGUGACCCAUACGAGAUAUGAAUCUGGCGACUUUUCAGAAAAAAUACAUCAUCCAUGUUUUAUUGUUUAUAUUUACAUCUUUCUAUAAAUAAAUUAACAACAAAGUGAAACAAAUUAAGUAAGUUAAAAAUUGUUAAUUAUGAUUUACU